CGAGGAGAAGGCGGAGUCGCUGCGAGGGGAGGCGGAGGGAAGGAAGAGGCGGAGGAUGGUCCCCGCGGUGGGGCCGCAGCCGCUCAGCCCGCCCGGCGCUCCGGCGGUGAGUCCCUCAGGUCGCGGCGUGAGGGGAAGGCCGGCUCCCUCACACGCCCGGCCCGGCCCGGCCCGCUCCUUCCCCGCCUCACGCCAAAGUGACAGUUCGCCCGGCCGCUUGUCAGGGGCCCGCCGGGGCCGCCUCAGCUCGGGGCCGCCUCAAGACGUGUGUAUUUGCGGGGCCGCCCUCGACGCCUCCCCCGGGGAGCUGCUGAGGGGCGUCGGGCGGGGGGGGGCGCCCCAUCCCACCCCCGCUCCCAGUAGGGGCUGCUGCAAUACAUGGCGGUGUGUUGGGGGAAGUAGCCAGGCUUUUCUUCUGGGGGACGAAGACCCCUCGACGUUUUGUGCAUCUCAGUUUGGCCUCAUUGAGGGGCAGUACAGUGGUGCCUCGGGUUAAGUACUUCAUUCGUUCCGGAGGCCCGUUCUUAACCUGAAACUGCUCUUAACCUGAAGCACCACUUUAGCUAAUGGGGCCUCGAUUUCUGUUCUCAUCCUGAAGCAAAAUUCUGAACCCAAGGUGCUAUUUCUGGGUUAGCGGAGUCUGUAACCUGAAGCGUCUGUAACCUGUAACCGCUGUAUUUCAAUAUGAGUAGGAAAAGGAGAGUACAGUGGUACCUUGGGUUACAGACACUUCAGGUUACAUACGCUUCAGGUUACAGACUCUGCUAACCCAGAAAUAGUGCUUCAGGUUAAGAACUUUGCUUCAGGAUGAGAACAGAAAUUGGGCUCUGGCAGCAAGGCAGCAGCAGCUAAAGUGGUACUUCAGGUUAAGAACAGUUUCAGGUUAAGAACAGACCUCUGGAAUGAAUUAAGUACGUAACCAGAAGUACCACUGUAUUUGAUGCUGCAAUACAUAGUGUUGUAUUUUGGGAAUUAUCCAGUGCUGUUUUUCUGUGGGGACGCAGACCCCUAAACGUUUUGUGAAUCUUAAGUUUGGCCUCAUUGAGGGGCAGUAUUUCAGUAUGAGUAGGAAAAGGAGAGGACAGUGGUACCUCAGGUUACAGACUCUAACUGCUAACCCAGAAAUAGUACCUCGGCUUAAGAACUUUGCAUCAGGAUGAGAACAGAAAUCGUGCUCCAGUGGCAGCAGGAGGCCCCAUUAGCUAAAGUGCUGCUUCAGGUUAAAAACAGUUUCAGGUUAAGAACAGACCUCCGGAACGAAUUAAGUACUUAAUCCGAGGUAUUCGGGUAGAAGGUGUUCGCUAACACGAUCCAGAAGGAAGGCUGGCAUGCAUUAAGAAGCUCAAUACAGUGGUACCUUGGGUUACAGAUGCUUCAGGUUACAGACGCUUCAGGUUACAGAUUCCGCUAACCCAGAAAUAGUGCUUCAGGUUAAGAACUUUGCUUCAGGAUGAGAACAGAAAUUGUGCUCCGGCGGCGCAACGGCAGCAGGAGGCCCCAUUAGCUAAAGUAGUGCUUCAGGUUAAGAACAGUUUCAGGUUAAGAACGGACCUCCAGAAUGAAUGAAGUACUUAACCCAAGGUACCACUGUACUGUACCCCUAAACAUUUUUUUUAGAAAAAAAGCACUGGAAUUAUCAUCUGGUGGGGUGAGAAGCGAAUCCCUUCUUCUUUCACAGAUUCACACAUUAUAUUUCUGCAAGAGUUCAGCUAUGAGACAACCAACUACCGGAGACGGGGUUAUUGGGUUGUUGCUUUUAUUUUGAUGAUGCCUUUUGUGGUUUUAUAUUUGGAUUUUGUUCUGUGAACCACCCUGAGACCUCCAGGUAUAAGGCGGUAUAUAAAUUCAAUAAUAAUAAUAGGUUUUGUGGAGGUGGGGUGGCCUCCCUUCCCUGGGCUGCCCCAAAUGUCCAUUCCUCCCUGUUGCGGCUUUCCCCAGCUCCCAAUAUUGGGUUUUGGGAUGGUGGGGCCCUGGAGCCCUCCCACCCCCAGGCUGCCCCAAAUAUCCAGUGCUCUCGGUUGCGGCUUUCUUUGCUGGGCAGGGUGGGGGGGUGUUGAGGGGACUAGGCUUCCAAGGCUGACCCCGAAGUGCUGCAGGCCGUGCACUUCGUGUCUGGACCGGGGAGGUCUGAACAGGGUGGCCAGCAGAAACCUCCAUGUGCAGAGGCAGUGUAGCCCCUGGAGCAGAUAAGAUGCUGGGGAUGCGCAAGGGAAGAUUGGUUGUAGCUCUGUGCCUUGUUUGUAAGUUUUGCAGGAAGGAGGCAUCUGGGUGGCUGCUGUCGGAAACCGACCUCAGGACUAGGUGAUCGGUUGCAGUGGGACUCUCCCUGUGUAGCUGUUAUCCAUACAAGAUAGAUAGAUAGAUAGAUAGAUAGAAAGACUGCAGUAUGCUACGCACUUUGCAGUGGACUGUAUAAUGCAUUAUAAUCUGGAUUUUGCUUGUAGGAAAGGGAGCAAGGAGUCUAGUUACCAAAAUACCCAUUUGAUAACAUGGCUAUGUUGGGUGCCACAGAAAAAAAAGCCUGGCAAUAGUAGUGCAUAUUAAUAAUAAUAAUAAUAAUAAUAAUAAUAUAAUAUAAUCUCAGUCUGGGACUGGCAAUAUGAAGAAAAUAAUAAUGCUAAGUUUUUGUACAGGGCUUUUGUGAAGAUUAUUGAAUUGAGAUAUGGAAACGUUUUGGAAGUUAUGAGAUGCCAUAUAAAAAUCACAUCCUCCUAAUUUGUAUGACUAGUGAGUUUCCUUGCUCACAUGGCUCUCCUGAGACACUGUUCUGGUAUUAUUGUUGUUUUAUAGUUAGGACAUACACUUUCAUUAUUCAAGCUAAAUGUAUUAAUGGUAAAUUUAUUCUCUUGUUUUGUGCCCAUUUUUUAAUUAACCCCUUCAUGUUUUAUUUACACACACACACACACACACACACUCCUACUCAUCAUAGGCAGACAUACUCUGUACAGCUUUUUGUGAUAAUGCAAUUAUAUUUUGUGUUUAAAUGCUUGGCAAAAAAAUGUAAAAAACAUGAAAAAGGGGGCAAGCAUUGGGGGAAGUUUUGGUACUCUCACUCGCCAUUGAAUUCAGUGUGUUUUGACUAUAUACAAUUUUGGCUUUAGGCAUUGUCCAUGGAACAUAACCUCAGCAUAAAUUGGGAGUCGCCUGUACUUUUAAAUUUUCUUCUAUAUACUUAACUUUACAUUCUGACAACCAUAUUAAGAAACACAGACUACAGUCCUAACAAUGCAGUUCCACUUGUGUCAGUUUGUUGAACAAUCAGAGGGAUUUGUUCUCUGGUGAUUGUAUAGGAUUGCAGCCUCUUCAAAAGUAAAUCAGUAAAUACUACUUUCAAGUCAACAUGGUUAGGAUUAAGAUUGAUUGGUAGCAUGCCCAAGCAUUGUUUUUCUGGUCCCGCUACAAAUUUAUAACACCAACCCCCUCCCACACGCAUCCCAUAAUCCCAUCCAAUACAUACAGUUGCAUGAGGCAUUAAAUAAAAGUUUGUCUUUUAAUUCUGAAAUUAUAUUUUUUGCAUUUCCAAAAUUAUACCAUGGCCUACCUUAAUUGAGGCUUUUCAGCCAUGCCCCCAAACGCCUAGCCUGAAUAUGAGUCCUAUAAAUGGUUUUGCCUAUUUUAACUUUUUGGUUGGUCCUUAUGAAUAUAGUAUCCUGUCAGUGCUUUUAUUUUUUAUUCUAAUGGACCAGCAUGUGUACAAACAUUUUAUAUAUAGACCAGUUUUUGUGUUUUGUGUACUUUUUCAUUUCUAAAUUAAUUAACUCCUCAAAGUAAAUUUCUCUUGCAAACUCAUUCUUGUUCAGAGAAAGUAAGUACAUUGGUUAACCAUUCUUAUUCUGUAAAUCACUUGCAGUUUUUGAUGACUGCUAGCUCACCAAAAUUCAUUUUCUACAAGAGUCACUUCCAAUUGUUAAGAAAAUCCACAAAGCAUUGCAUACUUUACAGAAAAUUCAUCGCAGUUGGAGUGUUGUGUGAACUGCAUUUAAUAAGAAGUGAGGAUAGUUUAUAUUCUCCUCAAACAACAUAUCAUAAGGAAAAUACUCAAAAGAUCUAGAGUGUACUUGCAAGAGCCUGUAAAUUCUACCAGCAAUGCUGAGUCCCACUGUCCCUGGAAUCAAUGUCUUUGUUUAUUAUGAUGCUUUGUCCACAGAGUUGCUUGUUCUGCUCUAACACUGCUUGCCAUUGGCUUCUACUAAACUCACAAGAUCUCAGCAAUAGGUACAAAGGCAGAGGGAAAUAAAGUUUCCUUAUCCCCAAGCAUGAUUUAUAUGAUGCUAACUUACUAGAUGCUACUAGCAGGAAACUGUCUGUGGACAAACGCCGGCUCCCUUGGCCUGAAAGCAAGAUGAGCAACACAACCCCAUAGUCGCCUUUGACUGGACUUAACCGUCCAGGGGGCCUUUACCUUUUUACCUUACUAGUAGGAUACUAGGGUGGAGGGGGGGUCUGAUUUGAAGUAACAGGUGCAAGUAAAAGAAAAAGAGAACCAGGUACGAUAUUGGCCUGAACAUAAGCCGCACUUUCCCCUCAAAUUCUGACCAUGAAAAGUUAAAGUGCGGCUUACAUUCAUUACCUUACACCGCCAGCAAAGCGCUGCCUCUCCGCCGCUCCCAAGCGGGAGAAAGGGGAAGGCCACUGGCAAAGUGGUGUGGGGACCCCCCCCCCAGGAAGCAGCCCGGGUAUUAUUGUUUUUCUUUUUCCCCAUUUACAUUUAAAGGUGCAGCUUAUAUUCGGGGGGCGGCUUAUAUUCGGGCCAGUAUGGUAUCUCUCUUGAUGUAAAAACCAUGAUCACCCUUCCAGGCCUUAUACAUGAAUGGAGCUGGCACAUGAACAACAAAUGUGGCUGUCUGGCCAUGUUUAGCUUGGCCCUGUGCCUUAAUCUCUGAAAUUAUUAUUAAUAAUGAAUAUACCACUUAAUGCCCAGUUAGUUUCUAAGUAGUUUACAAAACAAAAAACAACACUGUAAAAAUACAUAAUGGUAUGCCAUAAUUGAAGUCCACUGGAAAACAAUCCAAUUGGGAUGUUAAAAUGCAAACUUCAGUGAUUAAAAUAUUCAUUGAAACAGCCCCAUUAAAACAGCACAAGAAUUAAAGCAGGAGACUUAGGUGAAGAGAUCAAGGGUAUGCCAGGUGUGUCUUCAAAAGGCAAUGGGAUGCCAGUACAUUCCACAACACUGGUGCCACGAGUGAAAAAGCCUGACACCACAUCAUUAGGGCAUGAAUGAUAAAACUAAUCAGGUUCUGUUUGUUGAUCUUAAUGGUCUUACUGAGCAGUGGAGGUGAAACUGAUUUUUCAGGUAACCAUGUCCAGUGUUGUUUAGGGCUGUAUAUGUAGGUAACAAGAUGUUAAAACUGGUUCAUUGACCUAUAGAACCAUAGCAGAACCUUUAGUGCUGCCCAGUACAUGCCCAGUAAGAAGCACAAUUAACCACCUGGGCUGUGGCAUUCUGUACCAACUGCAGUCUCUGGACUAGUUGUAAGGCAGCCUCACAUAGAGCACAUUACAGUAAUCCAAACGUGAGGUUACCAGCACAUGAGUCUCAGUAGCCAACUCAAACCCAAGAAAAGUUGAGUUUGGAAGUUCAUAAAUAUUUGUGGAGUUCCACUUUACAAAGAGGGAGAAUGUUGAACCAAAUUUAAGCCAUACUAAUGGUUAUUAGUGGUACACAAACCAGAUCAUUGUAUCAUUAUAUUGUAAUGUGUCUUGGGAGGGCAGAUAUGCUGAAAGGUGGGGUAAAAAAAUCUAUUUAACUACAGUAAACUAAACAGAGCUUGGUUUCUCUCCCCCUCCUAUUACUCAAGUUUCAUUUAAAAGAAUGUAUUUAAUUAUUCCAAUGACUGUAAUCUUUAAAUGUAAGCAGAGGUCCUUAGAAUUCCAAUAAAUUCUAUCUGUCUCAUUUAGGAUUGUGAAGUAUGGUUUGAGAAACAUCAACACAGUAGAAGCUGGAGUACUAUUGCAGUCUUGUAAACAGCCACUCACCAGUGGUGAGUAUAAAUAUUAUCUACCUAGUCACCUGUAGAGAAGCUUUGCAUGGUUGCAUCUUCUUUUAGGCUACAAAUGAGGCCUAGCAGGCUAGCUAAUGUCCUUUGUGGUGCAAUUUAUUAGGUUAUGCUGAUCUAAAAGAAGCCAGUGGAAGUUUAACUGUGAAGAAAAAAAUACUUGAGAGUCAGGGUUUUCAGAUGGAACAAUAAUGAUCGGUGCUUCUAGAAUCGUUACUUUUGGUUCUGUUCUUCUAGAUCCUCAUCUCUCAAACUAUGCCAGAGAUGACAGAGAAGGGUCCUCUUAAGAGACAACACCGGUAAGUGUCCUGUUCACAAAUAGAAUUACAAUGGAAUUCUUCGCCUCUCUAUUUGGAAGCAAGCUCUGUUGAGUUCAGUGAACCUUACUCACAAAUAAGAUCAUCCUUGUCAGUCUCUCUUAUUAUGUGUCAGCUCCUUGUAAAAAGCCACUACAGAUAAUGACCUGGGCAGCCUUUGCAUCAGAUUAAGUGUAGGUCAGUCUAAUGUAAAAUAGUUUUCUAGGCAGGUGGUGGUAACGGGAGCAUAACAACUUAAGCUUUUACAAGUGUUGCUAUUAGGUGAAGUCAAAGACUCUCCAAAGAUGAUGAUGUUCAGUGUUACAGUGGUACCUCGGGUUACAGACGCUUCAGGUUACCGACUCCACUAACCCAGAAAUAGUAUCUCUGGUUAAGAACUUUGCUUCAGGGUGAGAGCAGAAAUCGCGCGGCAGCAGGAGGCCCCAUUAGCUAAAGUGGUGCUUCAGGUUAAGAAUAGUUUCAGGUUAAGAACAGACCUCCAGAAUGAAUUAAGUUCUUAACCCGAGGUACCACUGUAUGGUGCUUUCCAUGUCACAUCUGACAUUUUAAAAUUUUUAAAUAAAUUUUUUUAGUGUGUUAAAUGAACAAUCAAAGAAACAAACCAGUACACCUGUGCAUUAUUUACAUGCAACAUGAAAUAUGACCAAUCAAUAAUAAACUCCUGUUCUAACCCUUUGCUGAACUUCCCUUAUAACAAGAUAAGGAAAAGAUAUCUGCCAGCAAUGUGGGGACAGGUCCAUACUUAUGUGCCAUAUCACCACUGGUGUACACUGGUACUAUUCAUCUGAACAGUACUUUCCAAGCCCUAGAGUUGAAUGUGCUUUAGUGUUUUUAACCCACAUUUUAUAUCCUUGCAUCUGCCAAGUUUCUUAUACAAGACCUCUCCAGAUAGGUUAUGUUACUUCUCAUGUUCACUAAUGCACCUGCAGAGAAAUGGAAGCUCAGCUGCACCACUGUUCUUAUUGCUGAGUUUCUUAGUCAUUAGUCAUUAAUAAGUACAGUGGUACCUCAGUUUAAGAAUAGUCCUGUUUACGAACUGUUUGGUUUACGAACUCUGCAAAACCGGAAGUAGUGUUCCGGUUUGCGAACUUUACCUCGGUCUAAGAACGGAAGCCGAACAGUGGAAGGGCAUCAGCGGCGGGAGGCCUCAUUAGGGAAAGCGUGCCUUGGUUUAAGAAGGGUUGGACUUCCGUAUAAAGGUGGGUCUCAGUAAGGUAGAGAAGGUAUUUUGUUGUCUUUACCCAGCUCUGCAUAGCCUGCACAUGAUGAGAAGUAGUUAUAACUUAAUUUGUUCUCUUUGGUCAAGUUUCUAGUCCCAUGAUUGGUAUACAAGUGUGCAGUCAGACCUACAAAAUAAGGAAACUUAGUGCAAAAGCAUGCUUAGGAUAGUAAGAAUACAUAAAGUUAUGAUAAUUUCCAUCAGUAGGAAAAAUACAGCACCAACAGGGCAAGAGUUGCUUUGAAGUAAAGGAUGGCUGUUCCUUAUAUAACACAGUACACACAUCAUUAAGUAGUACUAUGCCUUUGGCAGGCAAUUGGCAAGCCAAAGUGGUAGGACCUUUUCUGGGGUGGCUCCCAGAUUCUGAAACUUUUUUCAUCAUAGAGAUUAGCAUGGCCUCUAUGCUGUGGAUUUUUAAAUGGGCUCUACAGACUCACCUUUUUCUUUCUGCCUUUUCCUAAAGGCUUUUUCUACAGAGGUAUCUACAAAAUGUAGCCCUGUUUUAUUAAUCUUUGUAACUGUUUCAAAUGGCCUUUGUUAAUGUGCUGCUUUUGUUAGGUUGUUUUAUAUUUAUUGUUCUUUUUAUGAUAUUGCAAACUGCCUUGGCUAGGCUGUGUCCCAAAAUGUGGCAUAUAUAUAAUUUAUAUUUACAGAAAAAAUGCAAGCCAGAUAUAUAUCUUGGGGAUCCUUACAGCAAAUGUGGUUAUUUCUCUUCUCCCUUUUGUGCAUUCACUGGCAGAUUAAAGAAAAUAGAUUGAUUAAAGAAAACUUCCUAGAUAGCAAAUAUUGUAAUUUAGCCAUUUACAUGUUACCCUUUUUUUAACAGAAAGAAAAACCGUGAAACUCACAAUGCAGGUAAGAGCUUCAGUGCAGCUGUUGUCAGAAUGGAGCAAGCAUUCCUCUUCGGGUUCUUCCUUCCACCAAGCAUGCAAAUAUAUGCCUUCACAAUCAAAAGAGAAGUCUUAUUGUUUCUGGAUAUGCUAUCAAUGUACUGUUAUACACCUUAUGUGUUCUGUUUUUGCUAGUGGAGAGGCAUCGAAAGAAGAAAAUCAAUGCUGGAAUAAACCGAAUUGGUGAACUAAUUCCAUGCUCCCCAGCGCUGAAACAAGUUAGUCUGCUCUUCAUGGCGGCUGAAUAUUUAUUUAUUUAACAGAAUUUAUAUACCGCUUGGCUGUAAUAAAACCUCUAAGUAUGAAAUAUUUAAAUUAUCAAUGAAAACAGUUAAAACAAUUUAAAGAUUUAAAGAUUAUUAGAAUGAUCAGUAAAGAGAUGAAAAGACGUCAAAAUCUACACAUGUGGAUAUGCUUGCUAAACAAAAAUGAUUUAAGCAGUCACCGAAAAGAGUACAGCGAAGGUGCUUGGGCGAUGUCAAUAGGCAGGGAUUUCCAAAGUGUGGGUGCUGCCACACAAAAAUAUCAAUUUCUUACAAGUGUGUAAUGAGUAUUAUGUGGCACCUGCAGUGCUAGUUCCAGUCAAGUGGGCAUAUGUAGGAGACAUGCUCCAGCAAGUAAACUAGUUUCAAACUGUUAAUGUCUUUAUAUACUAAUAGUAACACCUAAAGCUUGGCCCAUAAACAUAUUGCCAACCAUUGAACAUAGGUGUUAGAUACUGACAGGGUCUCACUUCUGUUCAGCAACCCUGCAUUGCAGUAAUCCAAUACUGAAGUUGCUAGUGCCCGAACUGCUGUGGUAUACAAAUUUAAUAAUAAUAAUAAUAAUAAUAAUAAUAAUAAUAAAUAAGAAGUAGGCCUGUUUGUAUUUAAGACUGAGUCUCUGAAUGUUUUUCCUAAUUAUCCACAUGUUCCCUUGCAGAGUAAGAACAUGAUCCUUGACCAGGCAUAUCAAUAUAUAACAGAAAUGAAAAGGCAAAACGACGAGCUCCUGCUGAAUGGAGGAAACAAUGAGCAAGGUGAAUGGACUGGCUAGAAUACUCUCGCUAGAAUACCUCUGUUUUUAUUGUACAUACAUUUCAAACUAAACAUUCUUUGUCUAACUGCUACUCCACCUUUCCUCCGGAACUGUUAUCAAAUGAUAGAUUCGCUAUCCUGCAGAUUGAAUGCUGUUUGCUUAAUAUUUGUGUUUCGGAUUGUAAUUUUCCUUAUCCUAAUAAAAGUAGUCCCAAUCUUUUAUUAAAAAGCAGAUUUGCUAAUUUUAUACCUUGCUAACAACAUACUCUUGGUGUCCGGUAUGCUAAUUCUCUUUCACAAUACAAAUUUUAUAUGAAGAAGUUGAACAUGAUUGAAAAAAGCAACAGUAAAGUUAAUUCUAAAAAAUGUUGCCACACUUGUAAAUUAAGUUAUAGAAGAACUGUAAUUUGAUAGUUUUUCUAAGUGAAGUUGCCUCUCAGCUAUAAUUGGAGCUGUUUUCUUCAUCCAAACUAAACAGAAAGAAUAGGGUAUUUCUGAAUAUUCUUCAACAUGGAUGAAAUCCAAGUUCCAGUAGUAGUUGUUUAUUAGGAUUUACAUUAGAUGACGCCUGUUCAUUCUAUGAUUCUCUAAUUUUCAUACGACUAAUUAUCCUUUUUGGAAAAAAGUGUGAACUGGAACAAUAAAGAAAUAAUAGAAUGAAAGCAAUAGAAAUAUUUCCUUGCUGAGAGUAUUUAUAAGGCUGUAAUUUUCUUCAGAUGAUGAGUUUGUGAAAUACAGUUAACAUAUGAAGCUGCUCUCCACCGAUUCAGGACACUUGACCCAUCUGCCCAGUAAUGAUUGGCUCCAAUUUGCAGUGGGUUUUCUUUCCUGUUACCUAUAAAUAUUGUAGCUAGAGAUGCCUGGGAUGUGUUGCAUGCAACUUGUGUGCUCUCCUUUUAAUUCUAAGUCUCUAAGGAUGUAAUCUGAGUUUGAGUACAUAUUACCAGUGCUUUUUUCUGGGGGGAUGCAGGGGUACACAUACCCCUAAACAUUUUGUGAAUCUUUGUACUUUUGUCCAUUUAUUUGUCUUUAUUGUUCCCGAUUUGAACCAUAAAAUGGUGGUUUUCUUGAGUCAAAAUGAGAGUACCCCUAAACAUUUUUAAAGAAAAAAAGCUCUGCAUAUUACAGCAGAAACCUAUGUUGAGGUGAUGAAAUGGCUUUCUUUAAUGCUAUUUUCACUUGCUCCUAAAACAAGUCAGCCGUACUAGACUUUUGCAGAACCUUUGGUCAUUCGGAUUUAUUAAUUUUUUAUUUCUCUGCAGCUGAAGAAAUAAAAAAGCUCCGGAAGCAGUUGGAUGAACUUCAGAAAGAAAAUGGGCGCUACAUUGCAUUAUUGAAAGCCAACGACAUUUGCCUUUAUGAUGACCCCACUGUCCACUGGAAACGGAACCUCAAGCACGCAAAAGUUUCUGUUGUUAUCCCCAAUGAUCAGGAGCAAAAGAAGAAAGGGAACCUGAAAAAUGCAAAAGUGUCUGUUGUUAUCCCCAGUGACCAGCUGCAAAAGAACAUCAUUGUAUAUUCCAACGGCAGUCAGCUUGGUGGAAGCACCCAGGGGGCAUCAGUCCAAGGAAUAACCUUUAAUAUCAGUCACAAUUUACAGAAGCAGACUGCUAAUGUUGUUCCUGUCCAGAGGACUUGCAACCUAGUCACUCCUGUGACCAUUUCUAGUAUCUAUUCCACAGAAAUCAAAUCAGGGGUUCAGACUUCAGUUUCUCCACUGGUAUCCGGCCCAUCAAAUCCAGCCAAGAAAAUUAUUGAGCACUCUACCUCUGAGAACGAGCAAGGCCUACCUACUAGUUCUAGUGCUGACAGCUCGCUGAAUCCCUUGCAGCUAGUGAGGCUACAGCCUGAAAUUCAGAGUUCUCCACAAGAUGAAGAUGACAUCUCCAAAUCUAAAAAUAAACCAGAGACUUUCAAGUUAAUUGAGAAAGCGGGUUUGCCUAGCAACAGCCUUCCUGUCAGUGCUAGUGUAGACAGAUCUCUGGCUCAGCUGGCAGACAUGCCCCUUAAAGAGGAUUCAAGAAAUGGAUCCCUAGAAAGCUGUGUGGUUUCUGCAGCUGAUACCACUUGUACUCCAUCUGUAAUGCUCUCCAUUGAUGGAAAGCCGUCUGCAGGAAACAUCUUCAAAAGCAGCGGAGGACCGGCAGCCUCUGCUGUAGAAAUCCAGAAGGCUGUAACAGAAAUUAACACUUUGCCUGCUGCUUCUAUAGAUAAGUGGCCUUUUUCCAGUUCUUCAGCUGCUGGCACUUCAAAUUCCAAAACCAUGGGUAGCCUGACGCGAAUGACUUCUGCUGGAAACACCCAGACUACUUGGACUACUUUGCAACUAGCAGGGAAUACUGUUCAGCCUCUAAACCGUACUCUGUCCAGCAUAAACGCAGCCCUCUUAAAUCAGCCAGUUCACAAUGCUAGCAUUACAGCACCCACUCCUAACAGGAUUUUGGCAACUACUCCCAGUUUAAAUAAUCCUCUACCUGCUGCUGAACAAACAGCUGAGCAAAUCAUGGUUACUUUGCCAUCUUACCCAUCCUUACCUAUGCAGCCACUAGUCACUAAGACGCAGGUUCUAGCACAACCUGCAAACGGCCUCCUUCCAUUGAAUCCACCUAUGCAGCUGAUUCAGAUGCCCCAGCCAGUAGGUCCAUCUGUCACUGCACCACCUGCUAAACAAAAUGUAGUCAUUUUACAGCCUUCAAAUGCCAGUGCAGGUCCACCAGUGUUGAGAACUGAAAUCCCCAACCAAACUGUUAGCCAGCAGAUUGUAAUUAUACAGACUGCUAACCCAAAUCCUCUCUCCCUUUUCUCUGCUCCUCCUCCUCCUCCUCCUAUCAGAAUGCCUAUAAAUGGAGCCGCUCCCUCAGCAAGUGCUAGUAAUCCUAUGCAAAAUGCCUCUGGCCCUCAUAUGUUUGGUGGGAAGCAUCUUGUCCAUAUUUUGCCAAGGCCAUCUUCUGCACCAUCUUCUGGCUCGACACAAACGUUUUCAGUUGCAAUGGCUAACCAACAUCUUCCACAGACUAUUUCUUUAAAUGGGCAGCUGUUUGCAUUGAAGCCUGUGAAGUCCUGUUCUGGAGGUUCGGAUCAAACCCCUAUGCAAGUUAUUCAGCCUACCACCAGUGAAGAUCCAAAUACAAACGUUGCCCUCAAUACAUUUGGUGCUUUAGCUAGCCUCAAUCAAAGCAUAUCGCAGAUGGCUGGACAGAAUUGUCUGCAGGUGUCUACCAGCCAGCCUACAAAUCCAUCAACGGUCAGCAGCCAAACCACACCAAGUACCCAUGUUCUGCUGGCAGCUACAGCAGCAUCCUCUUCUGCUGCUGAGAAUGUAAUGUUAACCAGUGUUUCGUGCUCAAUGGGUGCUGCUCCCCCCAAAACCUCAUUUGGUCUGGGUUCAAAAUGGUCUAACAAAAGUACUAAAAAAUGCUUGGUGGCCAGUAGCAAUCUUGCAUGUCGAGUGAAUUCUUGCAAAGAUUUGAAGAAACUUGAUAGUGGGGAUGUGGAGGCUACCCCUGAGCAUUCAGGAAGUGACAUCUUGCUUGAAAACAUGCCUGAUAAUGUGGUGUUGCAAAGCUUAGCCAUAUCACAAGCAAAUAGGGUAGCACCUAAUGAUGUUGCCCAAAAUGAUGCUUCCAAUUCCCAUCCCAAAGAGAGACUGAGGGCUGAACAAGACAUGGAAACUACCCUGGCCUCUGACCUGAAUGCAGCUAUAGUGCCGAGAUCUUUGCCACUCGAAUCGGCCUCAUCAGAACAGUUUGAAGUGGUUGCUCCCGUCUCCAGAGAGUGUGCAUCUCUGCCUCCUCAAACUAAUUCAGCAACAAAUUCUAAGUUAUCAGAAUCAUCCAAAUGCAUCCCCACCAGCCCUUUAACAUCUUCUGACUCUCAGGUGACAGCUUCUCAUAUUUCUGGGACAUCUGUGGCAAACAGUGGGGCGAGUGCAGAGGGUGUUCCCAGAACAGAGGUGUCUGAAAUCUGCACAAUGGAACAAAAUUGUUCCAUAGUCAUGCAGGCCAGUGAUUUGUUAGAAGAGCAAGGCCUGACCAAGAUUUUCUCUGAUUUCAGUAAAGUGGGAGAAGCUGUAGAAAAAAACUUCUCGGUCCAAGUUGAACACCCUAAUUUUCGCACCCAAAACACUAAAUCAAUUAUAGACUCGAAUGACUUAGCAGAGAAGCAAGAGGGGCUCUUGCUGGUGAACACUGAAGAGGAAAACCUUGCACAGUCUCAUUCCUGUACCUCUGAACAAGAAACAGUCACUGCUAACAGACAAGCAGACUCUCCCAUGUCAACUAGCUCAGGCAGCAGUUGUGGAUUCUCAGUUGCAUCCAUGUUGCCAGACACAUGCAGGGAAAAUGUUCCCAGCAACACUUCAGUGAAUACAUGCAACAGCUGUACGUUUUCAGAGCAAACGGAUAUUGUAGCUUUGGCAGCAAAAGCAAUUUUUGACCAAGAGGCCCAUGCAAAAGCAUCAGUGUCGGGAGCUGCUGUUUCCAAGGAUGAUGAAGUGGCAUCUCUAAGAAGAGACCAGUCUUUUAAGUCUCACACCAUUAAAGAUGCAGACCAGAUAGAAACGGUGCCAAGAAAUUUCAGCACCCAGAAUGCAGUGAAAAUAAACGUUGAUAGGUCAGUCGAAAAACAAAGCUGUUCCGUUGGAGUGGAAGUGCCCAGUGUAACCUUGCAAAUUCCAGCCUCCCAGUCUCCAAGCACAUCAAGCUUAAGCGUCAAUAAUCUCAUACAUCAAAGCUGCAUCAUCCACCCUGUUGUGAGCUGCUCAGGUUUACCCCCAACUUCAGACCAAUCAGCUGUUCCUGUGACCAUGACUCCAUCCAUGCCCACUAAUCCCUAUAUGACUCAGUCUCCAGGACAUUCUCCAGUGCUAAUGACAGAUUAUGCUUCAGAACAACUGUCUGCUGUUCGGACCAGCACCAUGCAGGCUUCUCAGAUGCAUGAGCCACACUUAAAGCAGCAAAGCCAGGAAAGCCGCAAAGACUCUGUCAAACGUUCUGUUCCAGAUGAUCACCUGCUUUCCACGUCGAAGAGACAGAAACACUGCCAGACGGCACCUAUGCAGCUUGAAGGGAUGGCUUUGCUGAACCAAACAGCUGACGAUAUUUCAGAUCAAAGUCGAAUCCUUGUCAACCAGAUCCCCCCCAACUCCUCCAAUAUGGCAGUAUCAGGGAGCAGUCAAGGGCACACGGAUAGUCUUAGCCGGUUGUUCCCAACCAGCAAUUUUGUGCCACCUGCUCUGAGGCAAGCUGAAAUCCAGUGUAAUUCUCAGCCUUCUGUCCCGGAUCAGACAGGACAGCACCUGCAACCUAUUCAACAUGCUCCCACUCAAGGAAUGACCCACCUUCAUAGCAAUCCGUAUAUAAAGCAGCAGCAGCAACAACAACAACAGGCUGGACAGUUAAGAGAAAGACAUCAGUUGUAUCAACUCCAGCAUCACAUUCCUCAUGCAGAAAGCCCUAUCCAUUCCCAAGCCCUCAGCGUCCACCAGCAAAGAGUAAUGCAUCAAGAGGCACAAAUGCAGAAGAAAAGGACCCUCAUCCAAGCAGCCCAGCCCACCACACUUGCUUUACAGCAGAAGCAUCAUGGAAACGACCAGUCGCGGUCAAAGAGCAGCCAACCCCACCCCCAUCACCCACAGAUGCAGCAAAUGCAGCAGCACUAUACAUCUUCUCAGCCUGAGAAGACAUGCGAGAACCCCACUGCAAACAGAACUCACCACAACCAUCCUCAGAGCCAUCUGAACCAGGACAUUCUGCACCAGCAAGCACCGGAUGUGGGCAACAGACAGACAGGUUCUGGAGUUUCUUCUGAACAUGUGCCAGGACAUGGCCAGAUGCAAAGACUUAUGACCUCCAGGGCUUUGGAGCAGCAAAUGGUGUCCCAGCCUAGUAUUGUCACCAGGUCAUCCGACAUGACCUGUGUCCCCCACAGACAAGAAAGAAAUAGGGUUAGCAGCUACUCCGCAGAAGCACUUAUUGGAAAGACUCCCUCUAAUUCAGAGCAGAGACUAGGAAUAUCCAUUCAGAGCUUGAGGGCUUCAGAUAAUCUUGAAAUGAGAAAUUACCUUGAUGUGUCUAGGAAUAAAGGAUUGGUAAUCCAUAACAUGCAAGGACGCAUGUCAGUAGACCACACGGUUGGAGCAGAUGUUCAAAGACUCUCGGAGUGCCAGACAUUCAAGACAAAUGGCGCCAACCAGCAGUUUGAUGUGCAGUCCUCAAGGAACAGUGAAAUAGGGACCUCAAUGUCAUCCCUCAGAGGUAUGCAGACACAGGCUUUUCGAAUUGCUCAGAAUUCUGGACCCCCCAUAGACAGACAGAAGAGGUUGCCCUAUCAGCCAGUUCAGGGCAUUUCAGCAGGAAAUGUCCUUCCUCCCCCAAGAGACAAUGAAAAUACAUGCCACCAAAGUUUUAUGCAGAGUUUACUUGUCCCUCAUCUCGGAGAGCAAGUCGGUGGAGGCCAAAGACCAAUUGCAGAGCACCAGAGAAAUCCACAGUGUGCCACUUCUAUUGUUGAAUAUAAUUGCCCCCCAGCAAGAGACACUAUUCACAUUCGAAGAGAAGGUGAUGGUCAGAACAGGGAAAGUUGCGAUAUGUCUCUUGGUGCUAUUAAUAAUAGGAACAAUACAUUAAAUAUUCCCUUUUCAAGUUCCUCUGGAGAUAUUCAGGGUCGCAAUACAAGCCCCAAUAUUUCUGUUCAGAAAUCCAAUCCCAUGAGAAUGACAGAGAGUCAUGGAACCAAGGGUCACAUGAAUGCUCCAGUUUCUAGCAAUGUGCAUGGAGUCGUCCGACCUCCUCUCACCCACCCGCCCGUCUCUCGGAAUGCCGAGCAAGUCCCACCAUCAGUUCGUCAACCAAAUUCUUCAGUUACUCAGCGAUCAAGACAUCCUCUCCAGGAUAACAGUGGUUCUAAAAUUCGCCAGCCUGAAAGAAAUCGUUCUGGAAAUCAAAGACACGGAAAUGUCUUUGAUCCUAGUCUUCCCCACCUUCCUUUGGCUGCCAGUGGUAGUAUGAUCCUUGGAAGGCAACAACCUGCUCUAGAAAAAAGAGGCAGUAUUGUGCGAUUCAUGCCGGAAGGACCACAAAUGACUAAUGAUAGCGCAGCUCCUGAUCAGCACAGUCUGUCUCAAAAUUUUGGAUUCCCUUUUAUUCCAGAGGGUGGAAUGAAUCCCCCCAUAAAUGCCAACGCACCGUUCAUCCCACCAGUGACUCAGUCUAGUACUACUCGAACACCAGCCCUGAUUCCAGUAGAUCCUCAAAAUACGUUGCCAUCUUUUUAUCCGCCAUAUUCUCCUGCCCAUCCCACCCUUUCCAAUGACAUUUCAAUCCCUUAUUUUUCUAACCAGAUGUUUCCUAAUCCAAGCACAGAGAAGCCAAGCGGUGGAGGUCUAAACAAUCGCUUUGGCUCCAUCUUGUCUCCUCCCAGGCCAGUGGGCUUUGCCCAGCCAAGUUUCCCCCUUUUGACAGACAUGCCCCCAAUGCAUAUGGCCAAUUCAUCUCACUUGUCCAAUUUUAAUUUGACUUCUUUAUUCCCAGAGAUUGCUACAGCUCUUCCUCCAGAUGGUUCAGCAAUCUCGCCUCUGCUCUCUAUAGCGAACACAUCUGCUUCUGAUUCUUCCAAGCAAUCAUCCAACCGGCCUGCUCACAACAUAAGCCAUAUUCUAGGUCAUGAUUGCAGUUCGGCUGUAUGAAAGGCUGUGGCCAGGAGUUAGAAUGGUGAAUUGUUUUAUGUGUGUAGUAUGCAUAUUUGUGUAUAUACAUGCAUGUGUCCAUGUAUGCAUUUGGGAUUGCCAUCCUUGAAACGACCACUCGUAGCAUCACUGUUUGUGGGGAGUAGACAUACAAUAGCAGGUGCUUCUGUAUUUCUACAUACCCAUGUUGCUAAAGUAGCAGGUGCCUAUCUCAAUGCUUACUAGCAAGAGUAAGAAUCCAACACCUUGAUCUGUCUUAACAGAGUUCCAGAGCAUCGCCCCCUGUGCCAAGAUGAGCCUUGUGCAAAAUGAAGUCCAGGGAAACUGAAGAGUUGCAUUUAUAGUUCUUGGAGAGUGAUUUUUUUGCCCAGGAAGUAGGUACGUGAGGGUCUCAAACACACCUCAGAUUGGUACAAAGGUUUUGAGUCAAUGCACACUAGAUCACUUUUACUAUUUGUGUUGAAGUUUAUCAUAGACAUCUUUCAUCGGGCUGACUUCACGUGAUAAUUUCUGAUGGGCGUUUAAAGCUUAGUGCCAUGCCUAGCUUCUGAGGAACUGUAUUAACGUAUUGUGUAAUGGGAAAUACUGCCUCUCUUCUGAAACAUAUAGUUUAAUGCUCUCCUCCUGAGGCUUUUAUUUUUAGCAUUGUUUCUGCUAACAAUCCAUAGAAUUUUUAAAAAAAUCAUUUAUGUUCAGUUCAGUUCAUACAUGUUGAUUUCUCCCCCACAGCUUGUAUGCUGCGAGUUUCUCAGGGUAUCCUUUUUGUGUCUUGCUUAUCACUUUUUUGAGGAGGGGAAUUAUCUCCAUUUUUACCAUUGUAAUGUUUUUCUUUCCUUUUCCCUCAGAUAACUCUUGUAACCUGAGAGCAUGUAAUAGGAACAUUUUGCGUGACAAAUAUUGUUGGGUGAAACUGUAGGCAAAUACAACAUUAGUAUUAAGUGCUUAUUUAAAUGUAUUCGUUUGCACUUACAAAGCACCUUCUGUCCAGAAACUCUUUGCUGGGAACAGAAAGAGGAGCGUUUGAAGUUUUGAGCACUUAGCAAAAUGGGAUGGUCUUGAUGAGGCAAAGUUACAGCGGAGAAGCACUUGUCAGUAACUUAAUAGAUGAAAUGUGGCAAGUAACAGGUGAAUGGCUCAUUUUCUCUUGUAAUUGUUACUAAUGCUUUUUUUUUUUUUUGCACCCUUUUAGAUAGUUUAAAACAUACAGCAAUAUUGUUUCAAAGAGUCUUCCUCAGUUGAUGGUAGCCAGGCUAUGACUCUGGCAGUAAAAAAAAAUGGCCUGGGCUUCUUCCUUGGUGAUUGCUAACUUCUUUGUGGGACUUAAGGGGGGGGAAAAUUAGGCAAUUAGAUAGCCGGAAGAACCUUAGAGGUAGCAUAUAAAGGGAUCUUAGAAUGGGUAUAGUAUAUAGUCAUUGCUUAGUAAAUGUGCUGAAGUUACAGCGUGGGUCUGUCUCGGAAUAGCGAUUCAACAAUGUCCUCAGCAGCACCAGCUGUUUUUAUGGCCUCCUGUCUCAGAACAGGGAUCCUCAUGGGAAUUGUAAUCUCCAGUGGGAAAUCUGAAGUGGCUGGCUUGGUCAGAAUCAGAACUGUGGGAAUAUCCACAAGCUCAGCUUUCUAAUGAGUUCCCCAGAUGGUUCACUUGGCCAAACUGGAAGUUAGCUUUCUAGUAUUGCAAUGGCUGAUUCACAAAGGGUAAGGUAAGACAGAGUGGAACAGCUCUUCCAUGGACCUGCGUGACACAUGCCUGAAAACAGAGGGAAUUUGAAUCUUGGACUCUGACUUUCUGUGUACAUCUAAAAGAAGGGUGUGCAAGCUUACCAUUGAUUUAUAAUAGCAUAUUUCUGUUUUGAAGGAUGUGCCUUCAGUUUGCCCUGGAGUUCAAGUGUCCUUAUGUGCUUCAAAAUGCUAUCCUCUUGGCUCACCUUUUCAGGGUAGGACCCAUGGCUUGUUGCUCUCUUCUAACUCCAGCUAUAGUAGCUGCCACAUAACAUACAUUUUUGCCCAUCAGCAAUGGCAAAGCAAGCCAUUUCCUCUUAGAAUCCAGUGUGUGAAGGUAAACUUAGAACCCCAGGGCAUCCAGAUUAUUUUUAAAACUGCGAACAGCUCUCUUGGCCAUAGUUUGUGCAUAGCAUGUUGGGGGAAGCAUCUAGCCUCAUGGUGAUUUCAGUUCAUUGGCUUGGCAGGGUCAUUCUCUGGGUCUCCAAGUGCUUGGGGAAUUCAUCACUGUGAAAGAAUGUAUGCUACCAUAGUUGUAAUCAAGAGCUCGAUUCCAUAUAUAUUGUCUCAAGAAAAGGGUGGAUAUAGUAAUUAUUUUCAAAGGGCAAACUAGCAUGAUAAGACAUAUGUGUAUGUAUGUGCAGACAUAAAAAACAUAUGGAUUCCUGGCAUAAUUUUUUCAAAAGCAAUUGUCAAGUAACCAUUUACUUGGAUUCUUCAUUCCAUACGUCAUUCCAGCUACUUGGUUCAGUUUGGAGACUUCUCUGUGUUGUAUGAUUUAACUACUUAAGAGAUGUCAUAGAAUUGUCUCUGAGUUUCUGAUAAUAUCACUUGGAUAAUAUCUGAAAUGAACAUCGGACUAUUUCUUCGUAGGCUUUAUCUCUUGCUGCAUAAAAGUCUUGUCAUUUGCCAUGAUUAAUAAGUAAAAGUGGUGUAUUUGACAUGCCUUACUCCACAUAACUCAUUUCCUAAGGAUGUGGAGUUGUUCCUUAGUGUUCUGCUCCCCCCAGAAAGCUGCAGGACCCCUUAAAAAUCCUUAACUAUUCAGCCUGUUUAAGUUUGUUAAACAUGCGCUAAUUGUGUUUGAGGGGUUUUUUUUUUGUAGUUCAGAAAUCAGAAGGACUAUUUUGGUUGUCGACAGAAAAGUUAAAAAUUCAAAUCAAUUAUUAUUUGCUAAAUUUAUAACACACUCUACUGAAGGAGCCUAGGACAACAUUCACAUCAAGUUCCUGAAAUUUCUGCAAGUAAUUUAAUUCUGUAAUGAAAGAGGACAUAGCAGGUUAACUCUUUUCUGUUGUGGGCCCCAUGCUAGGGGGUAGAAGAGGCACUUGGCUGUGCUACGUGUUGUAGACACAUGCCAAGUUUCUGUUUUGUCCCAGUGAAAAUGGAGAGCUCUGUGUUGCAUUGGUUAGUCAAGUAUUUUUAAAAGCACUUGAAAAAGUCUGCAGUGUCUGGACUAAACUUUAUGGAACUAUGAACAUUUUCUUUUUAAAAAAUAUUCAUAAUUAGUACACACUGGUUUUUCAAGAAAAUAUUCUGGUCUUGAAAAUGGAAGGGAAAGAAAACUGCUACUUUAUAGAAAUUAUGAUGUGCCUUGACACUGCGUCGGUAUUGCCUGACUGUUCUAUAACAUACAUUGUUUAACCACCUUCCACCCCCGUUUUUAGUUGGUUGUGCUAUACAGUUAGUGGUACUCCUAGUACUGAGAAGAAUCAGUUUUCUUAUCAUUUUGCAUCAGAGGAAUUCAGGUUAAACACUCAAAUAACGAGGAGCUGAGGCAACAUAAAGAGUGACUUUCCAAGACAAACAUGGCAAGUUAGAAUCCUAGUUUUCCUGGGUUACCUUUAUACUGUUCUAUAUUUGUCAUAGAAGUUCAUUUCUGUGCAAAAGGGUGUGCUUAGGUUGGGAAUUCUGUAAACUGGUUAGAUGUGGUUUAAGUGCAGAGAAUGGGGACGGGCCGGAAAACAGGCCAUUCAAUAUGAGAAAAGGCUUCUGCGUGUUAUUUCUUCUGAGCCAUUAUCUAUUGUGACCCUCCCCUUCCCUCCCCAUGGUUUUUAUUUUAGUUCUGCCUCCGCCAUCAAGUUAGCAAGACAUCUACAGAGCUGGGAGGGUGUAUGUUUUAAAUUCUGUAAAUUGGUGUCUAUUUCCCACUUUUCUGACAAAGGAAAAAAUUAAGACUGCUAAACCGUUCAGCGUGUUCUGUGGUAUAAGCUAGAUCAAUGACUUCUGUGGGCUUUAUCUAUAUUGAAUCUUCUUACAAGGACUUUCUGGUAGACACAACUGUGGUAGAUAGCUGCUAAUGUGAACCUUAGUGCUGUUAAGACCUUUUUAAAAUGUCUGUCUUGACAUUGUCUGUGGUGGCAGUUUUGCUGUCAUAAGUGCUGGAGGAGCUUGAGCAAUCGCAGGGAGUUCUGUUUAGCCGAAAAUUGUCAUGUCUCAGUAGAAUCCUUGGAGUACAAACUGAUGCAAAGUCCAUAAAUUCAAUCACAUCUUAUCUCCUCCUUUCAGGCGGUCGUGUUCUUCACUAAAGAGCCAACAUGCAGAGAUCUUCUCUCUCUCCUUUGCAGAAUGUGCUGAACAAAUUGGUCUGUUAUGUACUAGCAAGCCAUUUGACUCAUAAUCUCUUAGCUUUAUUUUCUUAAUACCGCUGUCCAGUUUAGUAACAUUGCUGUGCAAUUUUGUAAUCUUAUCAAGAUCUUUUGCAUUAUGAGUGACCUUCUAACCAGGGCUGCUUAAGGGAGUUUUAAAAAAGCAACACUUGGCAGUUUGUAGGUCCAAUGGGAUGCCAUACUGGACACAUGAACCAUUGUGCUGUUCUCACUAUCACAUGCAAAUGAGUUGCAUGUAAAUAUAGAAGCUUUAACGGAGUGUGCAUAUCACAUCUUGUAUUGUUUCUGCUGGGUGCAAGCAGACAGCCCCUUUUAAUGGGAGCAAUUAUGGAAAACUGGAUACCAUACAGAUUAUAGGUCGUGUGGCAUCCAGCUUUGGUAAAUUGCUUCAUCUCCAAGCCAGAAAGCGGACAUCCCGAUACCCUUAUGAUUCCCUUAAACAUCUCAGAGUGAGCUACGCUUCCCUCUUCUCUUGAAAGUAACAAAUGUAUUCCCUUGAUUUGCGCCACAGUUUUUCUGCAGUGCAUCCCCUAAAAUCCUACAUACAGCCUCUAGAUUCUUUCAAGCCCUAGUACAGAAAUGUGUGGUGAUGCUGAUCAGGCACACAAAUUAUUGCAAAUAAGAUUUUGUUCCAUUUAUUUUGACAUCUUUUUACAAAUUCGUCGCAUUCAGAUGUAAAUAUUUACAACAGUGGUUUUGAUGAAAGGUCUCAGAUUUUUAUUAAAUGUAACAAUUUAUUGAUUGUAAAAAUUGUAUAGAUAUGAACAAAAUGGUAUUUUAUUUUAAAAAUGUACAGUUUGUGUACUUUCAUUUUUGCGUACUCUAGAUACUUUCUAGUUCCACUUCCUGUCCCCCUUCCAGGAAAAAAACCCCAAUGCCUGUGAUCCUGUGCUUAAAUCCUGGCUGCAAGUUGCAGCCAAAGUUUAUAAACUGUAAUUUUUUUAAAGAAAAAAUGUAAAGAAUUUAAAGUCAAGAAAUUCUUUUUGUGGUUUUUAACUAAUUUUAACUUCUUUGAUCUGCCUACUUCUGCAUUGUAGAUAUAUUUAUCAUUUUAAAUGGGCUAGCAAGUUUCACUUAAGAAUGCCUCUAUGUUUACAAUCUGGGUCCAUAUACUCUCAUGUUCCUUUUUUAUCUGUUAGCAACUUUGACUAGCUGAUCCAAAUUCUGCCUGUCACCCCAACCCUGGCUAAAAGUUUGGGGGGAUGAGACCAAAAGAAAGAGCCUGAUUUGGCCUAUUCUCCUGGGUUCCCUUCCUUCUAGAACUUUAUAGCAUAUGGUUGGUCUGUUCAGUAUUUGGACUGUGCUUUUAAAGAAAGAAAGAAAAGACUGGUGUGAACAUGAAAUGCUCUAAACUUACAAAUCAGAAGCACAAGGAAACUACUGUUUAAACCUCUAUUUAGGUAAUGGACCACUGAAAAAAUGCAAUGUAUAAUACAUACGAAGUAACAACAGUGCUUCACUUACAUCCUAUCAGAAGUUCUUAGCUGAAGGGCAGGCUGAUAUUUUACCCAUUGACAAUGGAAGGCGUCCUGAGUCUGAGAGACAGAAUUGUCCCCAUAGCUACCAAGUUUAUGUCUGAGGUGGAAUCUGAAACGGAGCCUUUCCACCUCACACUGUCCAUUGCUGGCCACACGUUUUAUGAAAUACAAAGGUUGAUAAGGAUUUGAAAAGGGGUUCAAGAAUACCGUCUCUCCAGACUCUUGAGUUCAACCUCCAGGCAGCAGACAUGGAGGAGGUACAAGUUAGGGGUGCAGAAGAAGCUUUGGGUGGGUUUGGGUUUUUUAGUUGAUAUAAUAAUGGAACUAAACUUGUUUUGAGUUCUCAGGUUUCUUUUAAACAUUUGAUUGCAUUUGACACGACAACAUUGUAAAGCACAUCAGUGCAGCAUUUCAGCACCUGGUACUUUGAUACAAAAGUACUUUUACCUAGGUAAGCAGACAGCACAGUCUGAGCUGGUUUAAUAGCUGGUUUCAGAAUUAACAGCAGAAUGGGCAGAUAUUUUGGUAGAUUCCAGUGAUACACUUUUCGAAUAAUUACUACCUUACCUAGUCAUAGUGAACCAACUUUUGAUUCAAAAAUUUAGCAGAGCAGGGGACAAACAAGAAACGCAGUGCCCUGCUAUGUAUAAUCUAAAAUAAAGCAAUUUAGGAAAAAUGUAAGAGUUGCUUCCUAAAACCAUUCCUCUUCCUCUUAUCAAGAGAAAGGCGUACUUAAGAAAAUAAUCCACUUGGCAUUCACAGCAAAUGUUAAUAAUAAUAAUUGCAGCUUUCUGAAAAGAGUUCAUGAGCUGUCUGCUGCAGCAACAGCCAGAAGAGACAGGGGACUCACAGACCUUGAAGUAUCGUAACACUGCAAUACACAGAGCCUUUUACCCUCUUUGAGAAUAGAACCAACUCUCUCAUUUCAGGGGGCUGAAAAAUGGCUUUCUAAAUAAUAACAUGAUGGCAGGGAGAGGAGCGGCAGAUUGUGGAUGAGGAAGAGAACAUCUGUAGCCCAGAUUGGAAAGCUCCUUUCUGAGGCGUGCGCUUUUCCCUUUCAGCUGUGCUAUUCAAAUUAGCCAAGAAAUGCCUCGCAGAGGUAGAAGGGUACAGGGGGUGUGUAAUUUUUAAAUCGGAAUUUAAAGAAAAUGGUGGUGGGCUGUUAUUGGCAGGCCAGGGUGGGGUCAAAGCAUUCCUGUGCAGGAGCAGAUAAGAUGCUGCUCCAUUGUAAACUAAUAGUGAUAAAUUAAGCAGUUGGGUAUGAGUAGUAAAAAGGAUAACAGCUUACCAUAAACAUCAGAAGAAUCAGACUUAAGAACCAUGGCUUCAAUGGCCAAUACAUGCUUGAUUUUUCAAUACAAGAGAUCUCUCAAGUCUCAUCACUAUUGCACUUAUACCCGCUGUUUCUAGGCAGUGAGCGAAAGCGUAAGUUCCACCACUAAAAUUAACACUGGGGAGUAAAUUUUAUUCUUCAUCAGAUGGCUGAAAAAGAUCUGCAACCCCCAGAUAAUUAUUCUCAUCUCUCUACUUUCUACCAACAAUCUGGCAUACAAGCCUGAGCCCUCCAGUUGCAAAAAGAUUCUUGUCCUCUGUUCAGAUCUUCCUUAUUUGCCAGCUGAACAUGUUUCUUCCCAGUGUGUACUUGAUGCGCUUUGUGCACACUAACAAAUUUGUUUUCUGUCAGCUGUCCUGGGCUGGCAACACAAUGGGUUUGAGCAAGCACCACCAAAACUUCCUGCCGUUCAGAAAACGGGUAUCUUGUCUCUCCGCACAGAAUCCAAG